AUGCUGCUUAGUGCAACCUUUCUCCUCCUUGGUCUGGCGUUCGGGAAACCAGUUAUAUCAAGAGAUGGUACAAGCUUGACGCCUACUCCCACAGCUCCUACUGACGUCCUGGUGCAUCUGCUGUCAUCUGCAAUGCGCAAUGGGUGGAAUACAAUGGCCGAGCAGAUGGGCUUGCCUCUCUGGGAGCGACUUCCACUUCGACUUCAUACUGGAUUUCUCCGACCAGCACUGGGGCGUGCAAUACCAACGUCCGGCGUGAGGGCCCAGGAGAUCCGCACACUGGCCCCGUCACCACUCUCUGCGAUGGAAUCACCCGUGCUAUUGGCCCUCUGCAGCCCUUGCAGUACAUCGAUGGUAACCGAGUCUGACACCACUCUGCUGUACCGAUCGCCCUCCCCUGUUCCUACCUGUGAGCUGAAUACGCAGGAUUGCAUCCCCAUCUGGCAGACCUACAGCAGUCUUCGAUCCGUCUACCAGGAGUCAAUAGCAACGGAAAUUCCAGGAGACACAAACAGCCCCAUCCGCCCAACACAAUGCCCCACGACAAAAAGGAACUACACAGUGCAGGAUCCCUGUACCAACUGCCAUUAUCUCCCAGCCACAGCAACCCUCUUCUACUGGCCAGUGAGCACUACCGGCGGUGAUCUCUGUCACCAGAACGGAACCACCGUACCUGCCACCGCUACUGGAAAUGGCCCCAACACUGCAGUUGUGAAUGGCCAUACCUUCAUAUCCCCCAGUAUCUAUGUAUCCUUCACCAGUAUCUACGCGCGUAGCAACCAGCGCGCGCACCCAGGUGGCUCCUGUGGCGGCGAGUACGAAGAUGUGAUUAUCUCCGUCAACCCAGAAGCCGUAACAUCCUACCGUAACCACCUCAAUGCGAAGUAUCCACGAAUCGGCACAGCCUACCCGUUCAACUUUGCCGAGUUCCAACCGCAUGUCGUUGGGAACUAUUCCCUGCCGCUGAUCCCGUGGGACCAGUACCGCGGUGGAUCCCAAUGUGUCGGAGGCGGAGGUGCCUGCAGCAUGAUCCGCAACGAUUACCUCCCCUGGAUGGAGAUCCCGGACGUGAUGACUCAGAUUGAUCCCCGGUGGACGAAAUGCCACCGCUCGUGGUACAUUCCGCCGGUCAGCGUGGUUCCGCUGAUUGGUGGGCUGGCAUCACAGCCUACUGGGGUGGCCGAGGCAAGUAUUGCUCGAGAUACAUCUGAAUCUGCAGUGCCUCAAUCCGGGCUGGCUGCUCCCACUCCGGAGGCUACUAGCAGUGGCCAUGGCCGGUGA